AUGGAAAAAGCUUCAACCAUUGUGUUAAAUGAGUUAUGUUCAACUUCGGUUAUUAGUGGGUUGCUAAUCAAAAUAGGAGAUCCUAGCCAGCUAACUUUUCCUUGUGAAUUUGGAAAUUCUACUUCUAUAAAUGCUUUAGCUAAUUCAGGGGAAAGCAUUAAUCUUAUGCCAUACUCUUUCUACAAGAAGCUUGGUCUACCAAGGCUCCAAGACAUGAAGAUGACACUUAGAAUGGCGGAUCACACAAUCACUAACCCACGUAGAAUUAUUGAAGACUUGUUGGUGAAGUUAGGGAAUUUUGUUUUUCUUGUUGAUUUUGUGGUAUUAUAUAUGAAAGAAAAUGAAUACCUUCCUAUAAUUUUGGCAAGACCAUUCUUGAGUACCGCUAGAUCACUUGUUGAUAUCCACGAAUCAAAGCUCACACUUUGUAUAGAAGAUGAGGAACUUACUUUCAAAAUGAGAUGUGGUGAAUUAGAGGAGCCAACAAUGGUCAAGAUGGAGUUAGAUGAGAAGAAGAGUAACAAGGUGAAAGGAAAGAACAAACGGGUGAAGUGUAAACAUGAAGGAUACGCUACUCAAAAGAAGAAGGAAAAUCCGAAAAAAAAAGCAUAA